GCAAUUCUAUACUCUUUGGUCAAUGCGUUAUGCGUCCAAAAGCGACGUUUUACUAUAAGUGAUUUGUUUUAAUAAGUUUACUUAAAAAAAUUAAAUUAGGCUUUCUCGUAUUUUCAGUUUAACAAGAAACCUGAAAAUGUCUUCACGUGGGAGAAUAUAUGGUGGUUAUAGUGGUAGAGGUAGCUACAACAAUCGGGGCAGUGGAUACAGAGGAGGUUACCGUGGCAGUAGCAGCAGAGGCUCAUACGAGGGCGGGCGAGGGGGUCGAGGUGGUUACUCCUCAUAUAAUAAUGAUAACCGCUAUAACAAUAGCAACUCUACUAGAUAUUCUACUGGCCGAGAUAGAAUUGAUGAUUCAUAUAAAAAACCUUAUAGAUCGGAAGCCUCUGCAAGCUACACAAAUCGUGACUAUGGGAGAUCAGGUUCACCAGAUCGAAAAAGAAUGAGGAUGGAGGGCUCGACGAGCGAUAGACGUAGCCAUGAUGGCGGCGGGCACUAUGGCGGAUCUUACGGCGGUAGACAAGAUAGUUACAGCGGCGAGAGAAGGUCAUUCGGCGGCGAGGACAGAAGGCGGUCGCCGACCCGAGAUGGGUACCGCAAGCCGAGCGGCAUGGGCCCGCCGCGCGAGCCGGCGCGCAUGAGCGUUCGGCCGCGCGCACCACGCCGCUCCUACCGCGGCCGGAUGCUGCGCUCGCGCGCCUCCUACCGCGGCGCGCCGCGCUCUCGCGGUUCCUUUACCUCUAGGCGCUUCGGCGAACGCUCGCUCGGUUACACCCGCGCAUUCAGAUCUAUCAAGAGCCGAAGCUCCAUUAAAUCAAAAGACGAGGCAUCAUCGACUGAAGAGGAUUGGGAUGCCGAUGAGAAGGAAGAAGAAGCAAUCGAAGAGAAGAAAGAGGCCAAAAUAAAAUCUCCCAAGGUGGAGGCAGAAGGAUCCGAAGGGGAAGUCGGCGAAGGCGGAGAAGAUACCGACAAAGAGCCCGACGCCGCCUCAGAUGGCGAACCGGAUAAUUCAACAGCGUCCUAUGUGCUUCUCUCUUGCGUUCACUGUAAAGAAAAAUGUGCUACUUUUGUCGGCUACGCCAGACACUUGCUGUCGAACAAGCACCGCGCGGCUAUGAGCGCCGUGGCGCGGCGGCACAAGGCGCAGCUGCUGCGCAUGCGCGUGGCUCAGCGCGGGGCGCAGCGCGAGCUGGAGGCGUCGGCGGGCGCGGAGCUGGCGGCGCGCACCACCUUCUGUAUGGUGUGUCGCCUCAACCACCGCACCACCAGCCACGCUCACAGUCUCACUGACACGCACCGCGCCAUGCGGCGCUUCCUCAUGCCGUUCUGCCGCAUCUGUCGCAUCAAGUUCCGCUCGCCCAUGAUCUACGAACAUCAUAUCUGCUCCCUGGAGCAUCUCAAGAGAAAAGCCAAUCAGACCGCACGUCGAGUAAGCCCAAAGGCUGAAGCCAGCGGCGAUGAAGGCAUGGAUGUUGAUUUAGAUAACUUCAUGACCCUUGACUCUGUGGGCGAUGUGGAUGAAGUUGAAGAUGAUGAUUCUGGUGGCGAGAAGAAAGAUGAAUCGCCUAAAAAGCCCAAAGUAGAAAUAAACAUUGGAAGUGAACAUAUUAAAAAAGUCGAGGUGUUGUGGUGCGAGCUGUGCCGCGUGUACCUGCCGAGGGGAGCGGGAGGGGAGGCGGGCGGCGCGGAGGAGACUGAGGCACUGCGCCGGCACUGCCGCAUGCGCACCCACCUCGGCCGCUACGUGCAGCACCGCGACACGCGCACGCUGCGCCGACAUGCUGAGCGCAUACACCGCCAGCUGCACCAGCAGAAAGAAGAUGAAAAAGCAGAGGCCGGUGAAGACAACACUGAUGAUAAAGCGAUGACCGAAAAAUCGGAAUCCGGAAUCGACAAGAAAAAUUUGGAAAAUGGCGCAGACAUUACUAAUGCAGGUAGUGAAGAUAAACUUUGGGCGGAUGUUGAUAAAGAUAUAGGAGAGCUUUUGAGAGAAGUAGAUCCCCAAGGCAAUGAAGGCAGUGAUGAUGACGAAGACCUUGGAAGAUAUGACAAGUUUCGUAAAAGUGAUAAGAAGUCGAAAAUUGGCGAUGGUGAAGAAGGUGAUGUGAAAGCUGGCGACAUAUCUAAAGAGAAAACAAUAACUGAAGUCAACUCUACUGCAUAAUAUUCUUAUAAUUAGUAUAAAUAUAACAGAUUUUUUGUAAGAUCAUAGUUACACAACUGUGUUUCUUAAAUCUUUUCAUGUAUCUUAA